AUGCUGGGCUCGGUGGGCUGAGGGUACAGUGUGGCCCUGCUGCUUCGGGGUCGAGAAACAGAGGCACCCAGCUUGUACCUCAGGUGAGUCCCAGAGGAUGCACCACUGCUGCAGAUGCUAUUUGAAGAAGCUCUGCCCCUCAGGGGCUCUGAUGCCAUGCUUAGUACUCUUAGCCUGGUGCAGCUCAGCACCAGUGGGAGGAGUCAGGACCUGUUUGCCCCAGGGUCAGAGAACCGGUCAGUGCUAGGUGUGGCCCCUCUGGGCUUGGUGGUAGAAAAUGCCAGUGAAGUGGAGGUGUCUGACUCAAGAGCUGCCUCAGAGCUGUACUCGCAGGCUGCAGGUGGUGAAGGCAGAGACUGUCCCUUGCUACAGGUGUUAGCUGGUAAGGUUGUUGGUGAGGAGGUGGAGGGCUCUCUGCCCUGGACUGUCUCAUGUCUCCUGGAAGGAAACAACUACAGUGGCCUUCUUCUUUGCCUGGACACUCAAGGUGGCCUGGGGGAGGACGCCCAGCAGGCCCCGGAUGUGGCCCUGCAGUUCUUCCUGGCUCAGGCCCAGAGGCAGAGACUGUGAGAACAGCACCAAAUUAGGAUCCAAGAGGAACUGAAGCAUUUGGAACAGGAAGAAGAAGUGGUGGCAGGGGACCAGGUCAAAGGCCUGGUGGCUGAAGAGGUUUCCGAGGAGAGGCAGAGAUGGCAUCGGGAGUGGACAGUGCUGAGACUCCAGCUGGAGGCCCUUCAGGCAGAACAGGACACUGCAGAGCAGGACCUGACAGCCCUCUAUGACCUGCACGUGCAGGCUGCCCGGGCUUGGACAUGCCACGUGCUGCAGGUAUUCCGAGCCUGGCGGGGGCUGUGGGAGGAACAGGCUAUGGCCACAGAGCAUCACUAUUGCAGCCUGCUGGCUGGCUUCCUGCAAGACACCAUCAACCUGGCCACGCAGAACCAGGAGCUCCAAGCCCAGAGCCAGUGACUUCAGCAGACUAGGCUGGGCACAGGCAUGCUGGAUCCCCGCCCUGAGGAGAAAUGUGGGGAUCAGGAAUCCUUCAGGGGCAGUCUCCUCUCUCCUCAUUCGUAA